GGAAUCUUUCUGUUUUAAAUUCCGACUGGAUUAUAUUUUGGACAUGUCUUUGCCUCGCCCCGUCCUUGGUUUCCUCUAGCGGCUCGUCUCCUCAUAGCCUUACACAACUGUAGUUUGUAUAGAGGUUUAACAGAAGUGGGUAAGGAUGAGCGUGCCCAUGUUGAAGAUUGGGGCGGUGCUCAGUACUAUGGCUAUGGUGACCAACUGGAUGUCCCAGACGCUGCCCUCCCUCGUGGGGCUCAACGGCACAAUGCCAGAGGGUACCGCCGAGAGAUUCGUCAGCGGCCUGUACCCGGGCUCAGAGGAGGGCUGGCAGGUGUACAGCACAGCCUCAGACCCUGACGGCAGGUGCGUGUGUACGGUGGUGGCACCUGCCCAGAACCUGUGUAAGAGGGACCCUCGCAGCCGCCAGCUCCGACUGCUCACUGAACAGGUGCAGAACGUGAGCCAGUCGCUGGAAGUGGUGGAUCUACGGACCUCCAGAGACCUGCAGUACGUCAGGGAGUCGGAGGCUCUGCUGAAGGGGGUGGAUGGCAGGCUGCACUCCUACGUGGACAACCCCCGAUCGGUCACACCCAAAAGCCUGCAGGAGCUAAAGGGGCAGAUGUCUCAGCUGCGCCCCCUCCUGUCUGUGGUGGAUCAGUACCGUGUGGACGUGCAGAGCCUAGGUGUCCUGAGGUCAGAGCUACAGAACCUGUCCCUGGUCCUCACCUCCAUCCAGGAGCUGGUGGGAGCCUAUGACUACGAGGAGCUCCAGCAGAGGGUGCUGCUGCUCGAGAGCCGCCUGCACGGGUGCAUGAACAAGCUGGGAUGUGGCCGCCUGACUACAGUGAGCAGCCCGAUCACCGUAAGGGCCUCGGGGUCCCGCUUUGGCUCCUGGAUGAUGGAUGCCAUGAUCCCCAGCUCCGACAGCCGGGUGUGGUCCAUGGACGGGUACUACAAAGGCCGCAGGGUGCUGGAGUUCCGGACUAUGGCGGACUUCACUAAGGGUCAGAACUUUGUGCAGCACCUGCUCCCUCAGCCCUGGGCCGGCACCGGGCACGUGGUGUACAACGGCUCCCUCUACUACAACAAGCACCAGAGCAACAUCCUGGUGCAGUACCACUUGCGCUCCCGUAGUGUCCUGCUCCAGCGCAGCCUGAGUGGGGCGGGAUACAACAACACAUUCCCGUACAGCUGGGGCGGCUCCUCAGACAUCGACCUGAUGGCGGACGAGAUGGGCCUGUGGGCUGUGUACACUUCUAUCCCCAAUGCUGGCAAUAUCAUGGUGAGCCGCAUGGACCCCAACACUCUGGAGGUGGUGCGGAGCUGGGACACAGGCUUCCCUAAGCGCAGCGCGGGGGAGGCCUUCAUGAUCUGCGGCACCCUGUACGUCACCAACUCCCACCUGGCCGGGGCCAAGGUGCACUUCGCCUACCACACUAACACUAGCACCUACGAGUACACGGACAUCCCCUUCCACAACCAGUACUCCCAUAUCAGCAUGAUGGACUACAACCCCCGCGAGAGGGCGCUCUUCACUUGGAACAACGGACACCAGGUGCUCUACAACGUCACACUCUUCCAUGUCAUACGCAGUGACGGCUAGAGGCCAGAAGACACGAGUGGGCAGGGGCUACGAGGCUGUGAAAGAACAACAUAUUGGACUUUAGUUGGUUGUAUGGGCUACUUCUGUUUUGUUAUGUUGUAGAAAAAGGAAGAGCAGUUUUGUUGAAGCACUUGGUAAGAUUUGUUCAUACAUAAAUUAUCCAUUGAAGACUGUUUGAUGUUGUAAAAGUGUUACUAAACACCUAAACUGUUCAAAAUGAGCAGUGCCUGGAGGACUAAAGGGGACAGUGAGGAGGGGCGGGCUCUGGAGGACUAAAGAGGAGAGUGAGGAGGGGCGGGCUCUGGAGGACUAAAGAGGAGAGUGAGGGAGAGUGAGGGGUGGUGUCUGAAGGACUAAAGGGAGAGUGAGUGUCGAGGUCUGAAGGACUGGGAGAGUGAGGGGCAGGGUCUGAAGAACUAAAGGGGAGAGUGAGAGGCGGGGUGUGAAGGAUUAAAGAAGAGAGUGAGGGGUGAGAGCUGCAGGACUAAAAUGGAGAGCGAGUAGGGUGGAGGUGUGGGGUCUAAAGGGGACUAAAGUGGAGAGUGAGAGAGGAAUUGGAAAACUGCUUGACUAACAGUCAGACAGAUUUAAACAGACAGGUUCACAGGCAUAACUCGUGUUAGCUUUAAGGUGUAAUUUUCUUUAUAUUUCAUUUGGUGCUAGCUUCACUUCAGAGCUCUAAGUGCUAAUAAACAGCUACCCUGAUGCCAUCUGGAUGCACUGCCACUUCCAAAUCCUCACUGCUUGACUGCGGUGUUUAUUUGACCGACCUCUUAAAAUGCAUCUGUUGGCAGCAUACUCUCGGUUUUAGACCACAAAGUUACAAAUUAAGCUAGUUUGUACAAACUGACUAAGAUGCAAGCCUAUUAAGACACAAUGUACACAGUUUCUCAGCAA